AUAUGCCCAUUGUGCAGCAAAGAGAUGAUGCUGCUGUGUCUGUGGCUGAAGCCGAACCAGCCGCCAAUGUAGAUCCCACUGAAAUGAUGAUCAUGUCUACAUUAACUUUGCCAAGUAAUGCCACAUCCAUUAGAGCUGAUAUAACUGAUGGAUUUUCAUGUGAAAAUAAGACUUAUGGUUAUUAUGCUGAUGUGGAUAAUGAUUGUCAAAUCUUCCAUGUAUGCUUGCCAGUUACUUAUGCCGAUGGUAAGGAGAAUACCUUCCGUUGGAGUUUCAUUUGUCCCGAAGAAACUAUUUUCAGUCAGGAUUCAUUUACUUGCAUGCGUCCCGAUGAUAUGGCUAUUACUUGUGAAGAAUCCUAUCAAUAUUACGAAUUGAAUCGUAACUUUGGUAUGGUAGAAUCUGAGAAGGAAACCACUAAUGAAGCUGUCAAUGAGAACGCUGAGAGCAAUGAAACUAUUGUGGAAGCUGAGGUAGAACCUGAAGCCUCUAAACCUAUGGUACAAGAAGAACCCAUUGGUCAAUUUAAGCCCGUGAAAGUACAAAAACCUUUGCGUAGAAAACCCUCUGUAUCGUAUGCUACACAAAAGAAACCCGUCACUAGCUAUCCUUUGCGUAAAAUGCCUCAAGCUCAACCACAAAUGCCUGAAACUCCUGCUGUCGAAGCCCCUGAGGAAGUCAAUGAAGCUGUCCAACCUGUAGCCGAAGAAGAAAUCAAGCCUUUAGUGCAAAAAUUCUCUAGCAGACGUCCUGUUCCUGUAAUGUCCAAUACUUUCAAAGAUAAAAUCCAAAGCACUAAAACUGAAAGCGUAAUUGGUACCAGAACUGAAUUGUUUAAUCAAAAGAGAAAACGUCCCACUAUGUUCAACAAGAAACCCGUGGAAGAGGAACAACAACAACAAGAAGAAGAGGUAAAAAUUGAAACUGAAGCCGAACAACAGAACUUUUCUAACAUGGAAUCUGAAGUGUCAAACGCCAAUACUGAAACUCAAGUGGCCGAUAGUGAAAUCGAAGCCUCAGAAACCAAUAAUGUCUUUGUAAAACCAAUAGAAGUCAAUGAAAUGGAAGCUGUUGCAGAACCAGAGAAGAUCGCAGAACCUGUACAAGUUUUAGAGGCUUUCGAAGAAAUUCCUGCUGUUAUCUCUGAAGUUGUAGAGACACCCACUGCUGAAGAAGAAGAAGAGAGCAAGAAUGAAGUUGUUAUGCCAGCUGUAAGUGUGGAAGAAGCUGAAUAUCCCGAAAAAUCAGAAGUUGUGGAAGAAGCACAAAAUGCUGAAGAAACUCAAACCGCUGAAGAAGAAGUCCAAACUGCCGAAGAAAUGCAAACACCUGAAGAAGAAUCCCAAACUGCCGUAGAAACACAAGCUGCCGAGGAAACUCAAACUGUUGAGGAAACUCAAACCGCUGAUGAAACUGCUCAAGAAACUCAAGUUGCCGAGGAAAUACCUGAAGUUCAACAAACUCUAAGAACAUCUGCUGAAGUAACUCAAAAUAGCGAAGAAUCUCAAGUUGCUGAAGAAACCCCAGUUGUAGAAGAAACCCAAGUUGCUGAAGAAGCUGCCGCUGUCGAAGAAACUCAAGCUUCCGAAGAAACACAAGCUGCUGAAGAACCUCAAGCUGUUGAAGAAACUCAAGCCGUUGAAGAAACUCAAGCUGCUGAAGAAGCCCAAGUUGCUGAAGAACCUCAAGCUGUUGAAGAACCCCAAGUCGUUGAAGAAGUUCAAGCUGUCGAAGAAUCCCAACCUGCUGAAGAAACCCAGAACGUUGAUGAAGUACAAACUGUCGCCGAAGCUCAACCAGCUGAGGAAACCCAAUCUGCUGAAGAAACUCAAGCUAAUGAGGAAACUCAAGUUGCUGAGGAAGCCCAUAGUGCUGAAGAACCUCAAGCCGCUGAAGAAACCCAAACUGCUGAAGAAACUCAAGCCGCUGAAGAAACCCAAACUGCUGAUGAAACUCAACCCGCUGAGGAAACUCAAGCUUCUGAAGAAGUCCAACCAGCUGAAGAAACUCAAGCUGCAGAAGAAGUCCAAACCGCCGAAGAAACUCAAGCUGCUGAAGAAACCCAAACCGCUGAAGAAACUCAAGCUGCUGAGGAAACCCAAACUGCCGAAGAGGAAACCCCAGAAGUAAACCAAAGUCUGAGAACCUCAGCUGAAGAAAACCAAAACUCUGAAGAAACUCAAGUUGCCGAAGAAGUUCCAGUAGUUGAAGAAGUUCAAGUUGCUGAUGAAGUACCAGCACCUGAAGAAGUUCAAGCUGUUGAAGAAUCUCAAGUAGCCGAAGAAGCUCAAUCUGCUGAAGAAACCCAAAAAGUCGAAGAAAUUCCAAUAGCUGAAGAAGAAGUCCAAACUGUUGAAGAAACUCAUAAUGCUGAAGAAACCCAAAGCGUAGAACAAUCUCAAGAUAAUGAACCAAUUGUCGCUGAACAAACUCAAGAAGCUGAAGAACCCGCUGCUGUCGAAGAAACUUUAGCUGUUGAAGAACCUCAACCAGCCGAGGUUGUUGCCCCCAUGGAAGAUCAACAAAGUGUUGAAGAAACUGAAGCCGUAGAAGAAGCUAAGCCUGUUGAAGAAGAAAUAAAUGUAGUCCCUGAACUCCUUGCCUCAGAGGAAACUGUUGUGGUAAAAUCUGAAAAUGUAGCUGAACCCGCUAUUUACGAAGAAAACUCUGAAGAAGGCGCCAAUGUAGCACCCGUUCAAACAAUUGAAGAAAUGGAGUCAGAAAAACCCGCUGAAGCUCCCGAGUCUAUGCCAGCUACUGAAGAAAUGAAUCAUCCCGAUGCUAUGGUCCAACAAAUGUACGAAGAUAUGGAUGCCAACAAACAAUCCAUUGGUGGUUUCAAACCUGUCGAUCCCGUUAUGGCUCAUGAAGCUGAACAAUUGAUUGUCGAUUUCAUCAACACUUUGAGAAAGAAUGACUUCACCAAUGAAACACCCGGCAUGCAUAUGGAACAUCAAGUUGAUGAAGUAGCCGAACAAGAGCAAUCUCAAGAAAACGCUGCUGAAGUACAAGAAGUUGAAAAGGUAGAAAGCAAUGAAGUAAACCAAGAAGAAGCCGAAAAGGUUGUAGAGGAAGAGAAGACCCUUGAAGCCGAAGAGGAAACUCAACCUGAAAUUAUGGAACCUCUUGCUGAUUCUGUAGAAAAUAAUGCCGAAGAAAUGCAAGAUACUAAUGAAGUUGAGGAACUUAAACAGGAAAACGAAGUAGUGGCCGAAGAAAAUAGUGAAACCAAUGAAUUCAAUGGUUUAAAAUCUUUGGAAACCCAAAGUGCUGAAAAUAUGGAAGAGUCACAAAAAUCCGAAGAAGCUGCUGUUGAAACCAUGAAUAUGCAACAUAUUCCCGUUGAAGUUAUCAACACUCCUUUAGAAGAAGUUCCUAUGCACAAACCUUUAACUUAUGAAAGUGAUGUUGAACCCAUGGAAUUGACUUCAAGUACUGAAGAGAAAGUAGCAGAAGAAGCUCCCGCUAUGGUUAUGGGUGGUUACAAACCUUUAAGCAUUGACGAUAUUGUAGAAUUGGUUAAGGAACGUUUAGAUCAUAUGCCCAAAAAUGAAAUGGAAACUCCCAUGCAAUUGGAACAAGUCAUCGGUGGUAACCAAGAAGAUAAAGCCGCUGAAGAGAAAGUAGAAGAGGAACAAAAGCCUGCUCAAGAGGAAGAAGAACCACAACAACAAACUAGCCAAUCUGAAGAGGAAAUUGUUAUGCCUAUUUACCAACGUUUCAUUCAACCCGCUAAAGUAGAUGCUGGAGUCCAAACUGAAGAUCUUGAACAGACUGUUAACAGUGAACAAACCGAUGUAGCCGAUGCUGAUGUUCAAGAAAAAUCAAGUCGUUACUAUAGAUCUCGCAGUAUGUUAACUCCAAAAUUAGACCCCCGUAAACGUCGUUUCCUUUUCAAAGCUGACUCCAGCUAAAUCUUCUGUUACUUCAACAAUCUCUCUAGUACAUUGAGAGAUUGUGUUUUCGUAUCUGAGCCAUUUAACCCGCCCAAAAUCUUAUUAUUUUAGAUUUUUUUUACAUAUUCUUCUUACUCUGCGUUUCGUGACUCUCUAUCCUCUUUAUCAAGUCUACUCUGUCUUACUCUCUCGCUCUAUCUCUAUUUAACAUUUUCCGCUUUAUUUAAUUGCAUGUGUUUUUAUUUACCUUUAUCUAUAACUUUAUAAAUUAUAAUUAUUUUCUUAAAAAUUUAAAACAAAAAAAAAUAAAAAGAUAAACAUCCUGCGUACAAGGAUGUGGUUUCUUGUAAUGUAGAAUUUAAUUUAGAUUUUUAUACGGCUGUUUUAUACGAACUUUAUAGAAUGGCUUAAUUAUUUCGAAUUUUUGUUUUGUUAUUUGUUUUGCGAAAUAAAAAAUAAAAAUGAAAUUGUAA